AUGUCGGACGGGCUCCUGGGCAAAGCAGCCACCAUGGAGAUCCCCAUCAGCAGCAACGGCGACACCGGCAGCCUGCCCGAGGACGAUGGCCUGGAGCAGGACCUGCAGCAGGUGAUGGUGUCAGGGCCCAACCUGAACGAGACCAGCAUCGUGUCGGGCGGCUACGGGGGCACGGCUGAGGGCAUCAUCCCCACCAGCUCUGCGCUGCACCAGCCCCAUGCCAGCCCGGUGCCUGGCGGGGACGAGCUGGUGCGUGGCAUCGCGGUGGAGAAGUUCGACAUCGUCAAGAAGUGGGGCAUCAACACCUACAAGUGCACCAAGCAGCUGCUGUCAGAGCGCUUCGGGAGAGGCUCUCGCACAGUGGACCUGGAGCUGGAGGCUCAGAUCGAGCUCCUGCGCGAGACCAAGCGGCGCUACGAGGGCAUCCUGCAGCUGGCACGGGGCAUGACUGCCCACCUCUACAGCCUGGUGCAGACACAGCACGCCCUGGGCGACGCCUUCGCCGACCUCAGCCAGAAGUCACCCGAGCUGCAGGAGGAGUUUGGGUACAACGCGGAGACGCAGAAGCUGCUGUGCAGGAACGGAGAGACCCUGCUGGGCGCUGUCAACUUCUUCGUCUCCAGCAUCAACACUUUGGUCAACAAGACCAUGGAGGACACCCUGAUGACUGUCAAGCAGUACGAGACUGCCAGGCUGGAGUAUGAUGCAUACCGCACAGACCUGGAGGAGCUGAGCCUGGCACCGCGGGAUGCCAGCAGCCUGUGCCGCCUGGACAGUGCCCAGAGCCACUUCCAGAGCCACAAGGACAAAUACGAGAGGCUGAGAGCUGAUGUGGCAAUCAAGCUCAAGUUCCUGGAGGAGAACAAGGUGAAGGUGAUGCACAAGCAGCUGCUGCUCUUCCACAAUGCCAUCUCUGCCUACUUCGCUGGCAACCAGCAGCAGCUGGAGCAGAGCCUCAGGCAGUUCAACAUCAAACUGCGGCCCCCGGGCGCCGAGAAGCCCUCCUGGCUGGAGGAGCAGUGA